UUUAAAGAGAGAGAAGACGUAGUAGUUUCACCAGAAACACGGAAUUUUCGUCAUUGAUUCGUAAGGUCAAUUUAAUAUUAGUAUUAAAUUUGUCGGUAUAUCAAACGAGUGCACAGUUUUGAAGGAAGUGAAAUAUAACGAUAAAUAAAUAAUUACCAGAAGACCAAAUUGUGGUAUUUCAGGAACAAUCGCUCACGGCACGACCUGAAGAGAGUAAUAACGACAAUUGAUACAAAUACUAUAUACCAAAGACAAAAAAGAUAUAGCAUAACACGUAUUGUUUUGCAAAAUAAAAAACAUCAUAGAUCGCAAAAAAUUUGAGUAUUGCUGUGGUGCAGAAGGGCUCUAUGUGCUCCAUAUCAGUUUCAGCAAAUGGUACUUUAGUUUUCAAAAAUCUUGUGUCAAGGCAUCAAAGGAAGAAUUCAUCUGAAAAUUAUAAGUUUGGUAUACGGCAAAGACAACAUGCGCAACGAAAUUACUGCGGCAGUACUGUUCUUAGUACAGCUGAUAGAAAAAAACGAAAAAUUUAGUCCUGAUCAAUUGGAAUGUUUCAAGCGACGUUUGGUCGAAUUACUGACGGAACGUUUUAAAAAUCAUUGGUUUCCAGACAAGCCAUUUAAAGGUCAAGGCUACCGUUGUAUUCGCGUGAAUGGUCAUAAUCGGAGAGAUGCAACUUUAGAAAGUGCUGCUAAUGCUGCUGGUGUUAAAUAUGAAGAUUUGUCUUUACCGGUUGAAUUGACUCUUUGGGUUGAUCCUAACGAAGUUUGCUGCCGAUUUGGAGAAAGUAAAGGCUCCUAUUGCACACUGGCUUCGUUCGAUGAUAAAGAAAAUACUGUACCAAUUUUUCAAAGAAGCAAUGAAGGAUUAGAGAAAGAGAAUAAACAGUCUGAGGGACAGACUAAGAUACAGAAAUCCCCCUUGAGCACUAACACAGAACAACAACAAAAAUCAAAACCACUAAGUUCUGCUAAUCAAAACCAACAGCAUAGCAAUAAUGGUACAGGUAGGAGACGCAAUUUGAAUAGCCCCAGACUACAUCUUAAUAGAAAUCGUUCCUGGUUCGGCCACUCAUUUAGUAUGGGAUAUGGUCCUCACCCAAUAAGUCAACAAUGGUAUAACAUUAUGCCCCCUCACUUUUUGGGUGGUCCAUCUCCGCCUCCUUUUAUGAGUCAUAGAGGAAACAAAUGGAUCCAUCCACCCUCCUAUCCAACAGGACCUACCCGUUUCCAUCAUUGGUCUCCCAAAGCUGCUCUUAAAGUAUGAACACAAACCCUCUUUAUGAAAGUAGUUAAGAAAUCUGUUCCUUCAUAUAAAGACGCAAAAAGUGUGAAAACGUUUCAUCAAUUUAAAAAUUUGUAUAUUUCGGUCUGAAUAUUCAUUACAUUUAUAAGAAUAUUAAAGGAAAAUUACAUUAUUUAAAUUGUGUGCUCUGAAAAUAAGAUUUAAAUAUAGAUAGUUUUUAUAUUAGGAACAGGUUUACUAACAUUUCAGUGACGAAAAUUAUCCAUUUUGUAAUUACAAAUGACCUUGUUCGAAUUACGACUAAGGCUUACGAUUUUUUAUGACGAGAAAUGUUGCAUUAUUACAUGUUAUAUAUAAAUAAUUAAUUGAAUGAUAGAUGUUUAAUUCCGGAUGCAAGGUUGCUUGUAAAAUAUUAGAUUAGUGAGAAUUUAAUUAGAAUGAAUUAAGCCAUUGAUAUGUAAGACAUAAAAAUGAAUGUCAUAUCAAGUGUGACACUUUUUUCUGAUCAAUCCUGGAGAAGAGGAUUUAAUAAAUAGUAGACGGUACAUAUUUCGAAAGGGAGCAGUAUUGAUUUUAAGCGGGUUUCCAAAAUUAGAUACAAUUGCUCAUUAAAUUGUAUGUAAUGAAUUUUAAUGCCUUCAUAGGCGAUCUCAAUUUAUUAGAAAAUAUUUCAUUUAUAAAAUUCUAUAAUGUAAUACAAGGAAAUAGUUACAAAUGACUUUUUCUUUUAUGUGUAUAUAAAAUGUAUUCAUAUUGAUUAGGACUUCAAAGAUUACUUCAUUUUCAGUAUUGUUAUAGUGAAGAGAAAGGGGAUAGGGAUUUGUAGUCAUAUAAUCUCCUAAUUUGUUAUGAAAAUAAAAGUAAUAUUCUAAAACACUGUUGACAAACCGUGUGAUCUUUGAAGUUCUAGUAACAGCGAUUUGAGGGUGAUCUUUGACAAUUUCAAAUCAAUAAGUUUGUUUUUUAUUGUAUAUGUGUAUUAUUAUAAUAUAUUAGUGCUUAGAGAAGAACAGUACCUUAAUUUGAUUUUACAGGUUUGAAGCAUAGCGUAAUGUCUCUAAUAUUUCUUUGCUUCAAAAUGUAAACUACACCUGUUGCAUAAAUAUACUGCCUCUAUAGGAAUUCUAUUGAUAAUCAGUUAUUCUAAAGCAUUGCUAAAACGUCCACGGAUUUCAUGAUUAACGUGUAAUUGUAGAAAAAUAUGAAUCUUUAUUUUAAUUAUGCUCAACCUGAAAAUAAAUUGAGCUUAUGUUUUUAAAUGCAACUAAAAACUUAGCAUUUAAGAAUAUAUAUUAUUGAUGUUGGUAGAUCCAUAGUUCAUUGGAGUUGAAAUUUUAAUUCUAUCUUACUAAUGCUAAUAUCGUGUACCUUUAAUCUUUGUAUUAUAGACAAUUUAUAACAUUAUAUUAAUUUAUAUUCACUUCAAAUAUA